GCGUGGAGUGGUGGGGGAGGUUGGGAACUGUUGGCAAUUGCGAACUUUUUUUUUCCUUCUUCUUUUUUUUUUUUUUUUGCUUUUGCUUUGCCCGAAUCGCCUGUGAGCGGGACCUGCGUCUCUUAUCGUGAACUAGCGGAUAGAAGGAAGGGAACGAUACCAUCAUCACCACCAUCAUCAUAUCAUAUGCCCUUUCCUGAUAAAAUCCAUAUGUAUCAUCACCAUCAUCAGCCAUGCCGCCUCCGCCCUACCUCUUCUUCUUCUUCCGCUUGAUCGCUCCCGACGCCGGCACUCCGACGCGGAUCCCCAACCGGCCGACUCGCUUCUUUUAGCUUUUGUCUGGAAAAGGCGUUUUCCCUCCUCCCUUCCACCCCCGCCCCAGCGGCUUGACUCGGGUUUGAGAUAAGUAAAAGAUGGACCCGAUGGAUAUUGUUGGUAAAUCGAAGGAAGACGCUUCGCUUCCUAAAGCAACUAUGACCAAAAUUAUUAAAGAGAUGUUACCACCAGACGUGCGUGUUGCACGGGAUGCCCAAGAUCUUCUGAUUGAAUGUUGUGUAGGUGAGUUUUUAUGCAUUCGUCGAGCAUUGCGUUGCGCCUUGUCAUCUCUACCGUAGUUUCUGUGUUAUGACUUUCUUGUUUGGAGAUCUGUUGGCUUCUGGUCUUCCUUGAAGGAUUUGACCCAUUUUAUCAUGCUCUAGCCCAGAUCAGUCUGUUCACUUCGCACACUGUAAUUAGUUGCCUAGGUGUUUCCACAGGUUCAUAAAGUUUGUUGCUGGAAGUCUUCAGUGUUUCAGUUAUUCUAAGCAUUACUUCAUCUAUAGUUUUUGCUCUCUGUAUGAUUUUCAUGCUCAAUUGGGUUCAACUCUUUUUUGCAGAGUUCAUUAAUCUCAUAUCCUCAGAGUCUAAUGAAGUAUGUAGCAGAGAAGAUAAACGAACCAUUGCACCUGAACAUGUUCUCAAGGCUCUAGAGGUUCUUGGUUUUGGAGAAUACAUCGAGGAGGUUUAUGCUGCUUAUGAGCAACACAAGCUUGAAACGAUGCAGGACACUCUAAAAGGCGGUGGUAAGUGGAACGGAACAGAGAUGUCGGAGGAAGAAGCAGCAGCAGAGCAACAGAGAAUGUUUGCAGAGGCAAGAGCAAGAAUGAACGGAGGUGGGGUCGCUGCCCCGAAGCAACAAACUGAGAACGAUAGAAGUUUAGAGAGCUAAUUUGUAGUAGUUGUAGUAAUAGUGGUAUUUCAGCCAUUUUCAUUUGUUAUCUUUUCUUUUACUUGAAAAGAUUUCGUCUGGGAAAACAACAUAGGCAGGCAGGCAGCAUCUCACACAAAAAUCUUCUACCGUGCAGUCCUUGUAGUAGUGGUUUCUUUUUUUCAUUUUCUCUUUAUUAUUAAUAUAGUAGGUUUGUACAAAGAAUGCAGGUGGCAAAUGCAGUUUACUACCACUGUGGAUAUGCGGUUAGAUUUGUGUACUUUAGCCACCUAUGGAUCUUCAUCCUGAUGUAUAACUCCGAAAACAAAAUAUAAUUAGUCCAAGUGAACCCGCUUGUUUUUAUAGGUUUAAAACUUUCAA